ACAAAAUAUAACCGUUUAAAAAAAAAUACUAAAAAUGAAUAGAAAUAGUUGUCUUUUUUCUGGAUCCUAUUUUGAUGUUUCGGCAGCUGCACAGCAGGAUACCCCAAAUAGUUCAUGGAGUAAUAUAUCAUGUAACUGGUCAAAGUUUUCACCAGGACAAGAAAUCGCUUGCAGAAAUGAAUAUGUUGAAAAUUGUAUAAAAGAAAUAAAUUUUCCAGAUAUUCCAAAUGGGAAUGGAGGAACAUAUCAAGAUUUGAAAAAUAAACUAAAAGAUUUGCACCAGGCAUAUAUACAAGCAUUUCAAGAAAAUUGUAGUAUUGCAACACAACAGAAAGCAGAUGUAAAAAUUCUGAAAAACCUUAAAAAUACAUACACAAACCUAACUUCUCAGUACAAAAAUCUUCUAAAUUCAAAAGAUAAUUUGGAAAAGGAUGAGAAAGAAACACUAGCUGAUUAUAACCUGAAAAAAGAAUCAUUUCAGAAAGCAAUACAUAUGUAUACAACAUAUUUUGAUUUAAAUAUAUCUAUUGAGGAUUCUUCAGAUGCUACAAUUAUAGCAUCUGUCUGUUUUGCUUCUGCAAAAACUAUGACACCUGUGAAAGUUAUUAUUGACAGAAAGGAAAAAAAAAUCAUCGAUAUUGAUUCUAAGGGGUUGCUGACUAAAGAGGAGUGUGAAGAUAUAACAUUUGGCCCAGAAUUUUUGUAUUAUUUAAGGCAACGAGUAUUGACUCCUACUUAGCUUUUUAUUCAUGUUAUAUGAUCAUUGUUAUUAAUUACAGUAAUGCAUGUUAUAAUGUAUUCUAAUGAAAUAUAAAAACUUAAAUGCAGAUAUUAUAAGUAAUAAAAUUAG